AUGAGUGAAAGCGAACCUGACGGCGGGGCUUUCUUAUAUCCGGAGCAUACCGAGGACCAAAUCGAGGCUUCUUCUCGGAAUUUGGACAUGUUCGAAACAUCGUCUGAUAUGUGGCCAGCAGAACAGUCCGCACCGAUUACGCCGUCUCCGUCAUCUGUUCCGCUACCCUUGUCCAUUCGUCCCUCAGCAAGAACCUAUGACGGACUGCAUGCCGAUGAGUCUCGGCCAUGCCGUUUUGAAAAUGAGCUAGGGUCAUUAAACCUGGGCGACACACGUACUGAAGAAAAUGAGUUCGAAAAGAGCCCCAAGGCUAUUGAGCAUAGCCUGGAAAACAAUUAUGCUGGCUCAGGAAGCAUUUUGCCUCAGAUUUUGCGUGAUACCGAGGAAGAAAAGCUAGCCAGAGCUGCUGAGGUCCUGAGAAGAUUCAUUCCUCGAAAGGCCAGCGGUUCAAGCUCCUUGCAGGAUCCGACUAUCGACCCCGAAGGCAACUCUGCACGUGAGCAUACAACAAGAAUUCCUCGGUUGAAGCGUCUCCAGGGCCAAAGUUCAGAGCAGGGAAUGGAAGCCUUGACUAAACCUCCGUUGGAUCGAGGAAGAUCGGCGACAGUCGAAAGCAAACGGUCUGCAGGAAGCGGAAUCUCCCAGGACAGCGGUUCGGGCGAAACCCUGCGGACAGCGAUUUCCACAGACCCUACCGAAGGUAUGGAUGAGGACGAACGGACGUGCAAGGGCAUUGUUUGA